CUAAUAACGUCCAAGUCCAGGUCCUCCCUCUGUAUCUGUCCCAGAGAAAGCCUAAUCCCGUUAGCUGUGCUUUCUCAUGGAUAAUCCCUCCACUUCCCACCUGGCCAUCCUUCAGUCUCAGCCUCUCUCUGGGAUGACCGUCUUCUGCUGAACACUGCAGCAUGUUUAGCUGGGUGAUAAAGGUUGUUCCCCAGCCUCCAGCGUCUCCUGGGAAACUGGGAGAGGAGGACCAGACCAAUGCUUCCACUGCAGCACCAGCGAGUGAUGUGACGAAAAAAGAGCAAGUAAAACAAGAACCUUCCAAUCCAACGGAGGAGGUCUCAGAGGAAAACAGCUCUCAGAGUGGGGUUUUGAGUUGGCUCUCUCAUGGAUUCAGCAGUGCUCUCCCUCAGCCAGUAAACUCCUCUAAACUGGCCAACAGUGACGUUAAGCAUGAGGGAAAUGCAGUGAGCAGCAGUAACACAUCAGAUCAGGCUGGAAUGAUAGGCUGGAUCGUGCAGGGACUGGGAAAAGUGGUUCCACAGCCAGAUGAGAAAUAUAAGGGUCACACAGAGCCAGAGGAGGUCACUGAGCCUGCAGUUCCAGUGGUUAAAGUGGAUCCUCCAGUGCAAGAUGUCAAAGACGUUCGUGAUGCUGAGCCGCUGCCUCAUAUUCCUGUGGUGGAGGUUGUGUCUGAUGAGGACCCAGACGCUGCUAAUGUGCCCUUCUCUCCCAGAGUAAUAGAAUGGAUUAAGCAUGGUUUUGAGAAGGUAGUCCCACAUUCUCCUGUCCAUCUUCGUCCUCCCGCUGCUACAGAGGCACCUGCCCAAAAGGCUGCUUCUGCUCCUGUGACUCCCUGCAAACAAGAGCCAGCACCUGCACCUGCACCAACACCUGCUCCUGCACCUCCACCAGCACCUGCGCCUGCACCUGCACCUGCGCCAGCACCAGCAGCUCCACCUGUUGCCCCACCCGCACCUGCAUCUGCACCUGCAGCUCCUGAGCAACCUAAAGUAGCUGAGGAUACCAAAGGCACAAAUAUGGUUGGCUGGUUUGUACAGGGGUUCGGACGCAUCAUACCACAACCAGUAGUGAAACCAAAAGAGGGCAGCUCUGACGUCGUUCAAAACGUCUGCAUCCUGCAGGACCCGUGUGAUAUGGUGCUGGAGGAGGUGGACUCAGACUGGGAAGCCCAGCAGAGGGAGCAGGGCUCAGGGCAGGACGUCCUGGCUGAGGAGCAGGUGCCACAGGAGGGCUCAUCUCUGCUGCAAGUGCUGCCCAAUAUCCUGCCGCACAUGCUGUCCCUGCAGGAGCAGGAGGACGCAGAGACCCAGACUGAGCGCUGGACACCUCUCAUUGAGAGCAUCAAGAAGGAAGCAGAGGAGACUGCCAUAGCAAACAUAGAGGAGAGACUUCAGCAGGAGCGUGUGGAAGCGGCUCGUGUGGCGGAGGAUCUGGCCCGGCAGGCUGCAGAAUUGGCCGUCAGACAGUUGGAGGAAGAGCACACCACACAGAUCAUCAUCGACACGAAAACCGAAGAGCUGGACAAUGAGGAACAACUGCCAAAUAUCCAGGAGGAAGAGAAUGAAGAAGAUCCGGAGUUACAGCCGCUCGGUGAAGAGAGUGGGGAGGAGAGUGAGGAUAGUAAGAACACAGAUGCUGAUGUGAAAAGGAGCCUGAUGGACGUGUGCCCAGCGGAGCCCUCACCACAUGGUGAGUCUGAGGUUUCAGAUCAGGCACUGCAAGCGGAUCCGGUCUCACCGCCCGUGACCACUCAGCCUCAGCGAGCCACAUCUUUACCUCCUGAUGCUGACCAGGAAGAGGAACCUCCAGAAGAAGGAUGUGGAGAAAGCUCCCAUCUGAAGCCAGCACUGAAGGUGGAGGACGUGGAGGAUGGAGAGCUGACCAUUCCCAAAAUCAUCGUCCCCUCAGAGUUCGACUCAAUGACCCUUGCUGUUCCUGUAACAAAUCUGAUUUCUCACAGCAAAGCUGUGGAUUCAGAAAUGCAGGAAGAGAUGUUUCCUGGUGAGGAAGACGAACAAGACCUGAACAAGUCUGAUCUACUUGCUGUAGAAGAAGGCCUUGAGCGUCCUGCAUCUGCAGCCAGUCAGACAAGUAUUGUUGUGAAUGAGCGUCUGCAGGAGCUGGUCAAGCUAUUUAAAGACCGCAAAGACCGUGCAAAAGAGAGGCUGGUUGAUCCAGACGAGUCUGAUGAUGAAAGCCCUUCGGCAUCUCCAGCCAAAAAGCCUGGUGAAGCCCCACCUCCACCACCUCCUCCAGAGGAAAAGAAAGACGACGAGGAGAAGGCAGAAGAGGAGGUGACAAUCUAUGAGUUUAUGGGAUACAAGAUCCCAGUUCCCCAGUUCAGAAUGCCCCAGAUUCCUGACUGGCUGAGAGUCAUACUGGAAUACCGUUUCCCAUCCAGCAUUGAUCCCUUCACAGACUUGAUCUACGUGGUGUGGCUGUUCUUUGUGACACUCGCGUGGAACUGGAAUGUCUGGCUGAUCCCUGUACGCUGCACUUUUCCGUACCAGACGUCUGAGAACAUUCACUGGUGGCUGCUGAUGGACUACUUCUGUGACGGCAUUUAUAUUCUGGACAUCUUCGUUAUGCAGCCCAGACUGCAGUUCGUGAGAGGAGGGGACAUUGUGUGUGACAAAGAAGCAAUGAGAGACAACUACAGGCAAACAGAGAGAUUCAAGAUGGAUGUGAUCAGUCUCUUUCCACUGGAUUUGCUGUAUGUCUUCACAGGCGUCAAAUCGCUCUUGAGGUUCCCUCGUCUUCUAAAGUACAAUGCAUUCUUUGAGUUUAAUGAUCGUCUGGAAGCUGUGAUGAGCAAAGCCUACAUUUACAGGGUGAUCCGGACGAGUGCAUACCUGCUGUACUCUCUGCACUGUAACGCCUGUAUUUUCUAUUGGGGUUCUGACUAUGAAGGACUGGGUUCUACUAAAUGGGUCUAUAAUGGCAAAGGAAACAGUUAUAUUCGCUGCUACUACUUUGCUGUGAAGACUCUGAUCACCAUCGGAGGUUUGCCGGACCCCACCACUGUCUUUGAAAUCGUCUUUCAAAUGCUCAACUACUUCGUGGGAGUCUUUGCUUUCUCCAUCAUGAUUGGUCAGAUGAGAGACGUCUUUGGAGCCGCCACUGCAGGUGAGGCCUAUUACAGACACUGUGUGGACAGCACUGUCAAAUACAUGAGCUCCUACAAGAUCCCCCGCGAGGUCCAGAACCGCGUCAAGAUCUGGUACGAUUACACCUGGAAGUCGCAAGGCAUGAUGGAUGAGCAGGAGUUACUCAUACAGCUGCCAGAUAAGAUGCGUCUGGACAUCGCUGCAGAUGUCAACUACAGCAUUGUCAGUAAAGUGGCGCUCUUUCAGGGAUGUGACAGACAGAUGAUAUUUGACAUGCUCAAGAGGUUAAAAUCUGUGGUGUACCUUCCGGGAGACUUUGUCUGUAAAAAAGGUGAGAUCGGACGAGAGAUGUACAUCAUCAAAGCUGGAGAGGUGCAGGUGGUUGGAGGACCUGAUGGGAUGACGGUGUUUGUGACCCUCAGAGCUGGCUCUGUGUUUGGGGAAAUUAGUUUGCUGGCGGGUGGUGGUGGGAACCGACGAACAGCUAACGUAAAGGCCCAUGGUUUUGCUAACCUCUUCAUCCUGGAUAAGAAGGACCUGGCAGAGAUCUUAGUGCACUACCCCGAGUCCCAGAAGUUACUGCGCAAGAAGGCCAAGAAAAUGCUGACCAAAGAUAAGAAGCCUGCAGAUGAGAAGGGCCAGGCUAAAGAGACGGGUGAGGUCAUCCCUCAGCGGCCGGAGACACCCAAACUAUUCAAGGCUGCACUGGAGGUUGGAACAGGACAGACUUUUGCCAAGCUGAAGGAGGCAUAUAAGGGAGCAACUCUAGAGCCGUCCUCUCCCACCUCCGGCAGGACCUCCACAGCUCCAGUCCCCCCUCCGUCACCCAUGCACCGCCGUUCACCCAUUCCCCGGCCUCGCAUCCCAGAUGAGGAUGACAUGGUAUCGGAGACCACCGACAGCACCAUGAUCAUCCGCAUGACUCCCCGUGUCGAGGGAGAGGAGAUCUUAUCUGUGGAAGUCAGUCCUGGAGAGGGCAUGGAGGCGGAGCCAGAAGAUCCAAACAAAACUACUGACAAGUGAGAGAGAGGAAGAGGGCAAGGACAAAGACCAGAGUAGGAGUAGGGUAGAAAGCCUCAAGAAAAGCCCAAUGCAUACAUCCCUCGUCAUGCUCUCUGUAUUAGUGUGUUGAUGAAAGCCCUACACAUGUUCUUCAACCAGGUCAAGCCAAACAGGUUUUCAAGAUUCUUGCAAAAACUCUUUGGAGACUCUCUAAGCAGCUUUUCAAAAAGGAAAGUUCCCUGAGGAACCCAUACUGUAAGUUCCUGCAAGAGAACUAGGCUUCCAGUAGUUACCAUAAGGUUUGAAACAUUUGAAAUAUAUAAUGAAUAUGAUACAUUAUAUCUGGAUUACUUCCAUUUGCCUAGAGGUUCUCAAGAGGUUAAAAGUAUUAAAUUUUUACAGUGGUAUUGCUGUCUUAGUGUGUGUUUACACUGGUAGUUCGGUUCUCUUGGUUAAUAGUAAAUGAUACAUUUAGUCCUGGAUUGCUAAGCUUUCACACUGUCAUUUUUAACACUGUUUAGAUGUCGUUUAUAUGUUUUUGGUCCAUGUUAUGCUCCUAUUUCAGUUGAACCGCACCAGAGUUUGUCUGGAAGUUGAUCGAGGUGAGAGCUUCAUCAUCGGCUUGUUUGGUGCGCCCCAAGGUUUAAAUGUCAGGGUUCACACCUAUUAAAAUGAACCGCUCUAACAAAGCAAUCGCACCAGAUUUCCUUUUAACCAACCCAAACCUGCCAAGUGUAAACACGGUCAAAAUAUUUUUAUAUGAAGGUGAAGUGAGCUUCUGAGCGGUAUUACAGAAAAAAGAGUUAACUUUCAUAUAAAUCCCAAAACUUUCUUGUGGUUAAUGGUUCCAAAGUUCAGUCGAAUAUGUUCAUGGUAAACACACAAAAGAUCUUCUCAACAGGAUUCAGCAUGGAAACGGAUGCCAAGAAGAAGUGCACCAUACUUCUUUGUUUAAUGGCAAUUCAUAUUGUUAGGGUAUAUCACCUCCUAUACGGCCUAACCUUUGGGAGGUUUUGCAAUCAUCUCAUGUUUUAAUCUUUAAUCAGAUUUUUAUUACUGAGAAGAAUUAUUCAAGAGUGAUAUUGAUUGUUUGAUACUAAAUUUGUGAACUAAAAAUAAUCAGUGCUUGCAAAAAAUUGUUAAAAAUAAGUGGGUAUAUGAGUUCAUUUUACUUCCACAUUUUUGUAAGUUGAAAUCACAUACAUACUUUUAUUAUAGAAAUGCAUUAUAUAUAAAAUGUCCUGUAAACAAAAGCUAAGGUAAUACAAACAAAAUCAGCAUUGCUUUGUUAUAAUAUUGCUUUACAAUUAAAAAUGUAUGACUACACACUCCCUUGAAGCCUCAGUAAUAGGGAAUGUAUGCUCUGAAUGUUUAGAGAAUGCUACUUACAUACCGUGGAAGUUACUUCAGUUUUUGGAACUGAAAGUUGAAGUUUUUACUUAUCAAUAAACAUACCCGAGUAUGUACCAUUACCUGCUUUCUGGAAUACCCCCCUGAGCCACAGCAUUUCCUCAAACAGCCAUUGGCCAGAUAAAUAACUAGCCCCGCCUCAAACUCACACCAUUGGUUGGGCCAGUGUUGCUGAAAGAGUAAUGUUCUGAUACUGUAGCUCCACAGUGUUUACGUACAUCUUUCAGUGGAAUCAACCUGUUGGCUCACCUAUAGUUUUCACUGUAUGUUAUGCCACGAUAAGUAAAAUAUUCUAGCAUUUAAAAAUGACACACAUCACCUUUAACUUCCCUUUAAGAUUUUGAUUGAUGUUUAGGAUUGAAGAGCCAUUAGGGUUUAGCAGAACUCUCUGUGUAAUGGAAACGAAUCUGGAGUAUUUUCCACAGCACACGCUGCUCUAAUUCCAAGACUGUCUGCUGCUCUGCAUCUUAUUCAUACAGCCUGUCUAUUAUUGUUCCUGUCUCUUGUACACACAUUUACACACACACACGCAUAUUACAGCGACCUUGUGACAUUAUUUCUAAUCAGAUUAUGCAUGUUAAAGGGAUAGUUCACCCCAAAAAAAAAUGAAAAUUGUGUGGUUCCAAACCUGUCUGGCUUUCUUUAUUCUGUGAAACAUUAAUGUUGUUUAAAAUAUUUAAAAAAUGUAUUCAUUAAACCAUUCAAAUAUUUUGAGAAAUGACUGUUGUUAAUUUAUGUAUUUAUUCAUUUAUUAUCUAUGGAAGUCAAUAGUCACCAAAACGGCAGAAUAUUCAUUUUUUGUGUGAACCAUCCCUGUCUAGUUGCAUUUAAUACACUUUAACAUUGUAUAAGCUGUGAUGUAACAAAGUAAUGUUGUGUUGCUUUUCCAUGUGAAGGCGAUUGUCAUGCUUUAUUGAAUAUAACUGUUAUUUCUUUUAUAAGGUAAGUCUAGAAAGCUAGACCAAAUUUGUUAUGAUCUUGUGAAAGUCACAUGGUAAAAAAUACCCCGCUGAUAUUUCCAUGUGCUUUGAUGUGUACUACGAGUUCUAAUCAAUUGUGAAUGAUUUUUCAGUAUUUCCAGGUCAGUUCGUGCUGAACUCCUAGUGUGAACAGGCGCCAAUGAAUCUAUAAAUGGAAACUUACUGCAUACUUUUAA